CUGGUUAGUAGUAAUGAGGGGUUUCGUUAGACACACGAACAUUGUCGACAGAUCAGCCAUGUGAUGGAAUUUGUUAAGCACGGAUACUUUCUGCUCAUGGUCUUCGGCGAUAGCCGGAGGCAAAAGGAUCUAGACGUCGAAGACACUGCUGACGUAACAGUGUCUUGCAAAGUGUAUAAAUUUAGAGGGAUCUCGUACGGCCGCCGCGAAGGUGAUGUAGUUUAUACAUUUCUGAGGGUUCGUGCAAAUGGAUACGAAAUUACAGGGCUCUGUUACCGCCUAAUAAAACGACUCGUAUCGAUGGAGUAGCCAUUGAUGCUCUACGAUGACCUCCAUUGAUCACGAUCGGAUAAGAGCCCUCUACGUGGAUCGUACUUGUAAUCCCUCGACUCGGCUAAAUAUCUCCAAAAUAAAGACCUGUAUUUCACCUUUUCUGGGCGGUAGUUCCAAAUUAUGAUUUUCCAAACUCGCUGGCGGAAAGCAUUCCACCCUUCUACUCUGUACGCGACCAGAAGUUGGUGAAAAGUACUAAGCACUCUUGGUUGUAUGUCGAGAAAGUAAAAUCUCAGAAACAGCUAUGACAUCUCAGUAGCCAUCAUAACUAUCAUUCCUCAGCUUCAGUCAACCUCUCUCAGAGUCAGGCUCUAGAUGCAGUCGUAACAUCCUCCUCGACAUAAGUCAAUAUGAGAGCCACCGUUAGUCUUUGUACACGCGCAUGGAGUAUGAGGCCAGCCAUUCGAGCCGAGCUCGGUCAAGAGUCGCGGGCUCCCUGGCUCCCUGCGUGCCUAGACGAGGCUGCUGCAGCUGCUGCUCCUCCUGCAGAGUGAGGCGGAGAUACUUCUUCUGCUCGCGUGACUUCUUAUGUGUCCGCUGUGUUCGAGCGACACACCUUCUCUCGCUCACAAACACUCCGCGCUCGGGUUCGACUUCUCCUCACUGCUUCGCUGCUGCUGCUGCUGCUCCUCCUUUUUCGCUACCGCCACCUCGAAAGAUGGAAGCCGAUCAACGACACCUUGAACCCUACGACGAAGCUGCUGCUGCUGCUGCUGGCGGGGCUCGUACGAGCUACAGAGAGGCAGACAGAGUGACAGUCCGCAAUGUGUCGCUCCGAUAUCUGAGGGUCAUGAUCUCGUCCGGUGAUGUGAUCGAAAAUGCAGUAGCAUCGGACGCUAUUCUAUCGUCCCUGCACCAGCAUCAGGCAGUAGGUCAUUGGCAGGGUCGUCUUGUCAUCGGCCCGAGGAGAGGCCAGAAGAAUGUUCUGAUUCGCGGAUUUCAGAAGAUUCAUCUUCGUGCCUGUGGAUUUUCAGCAUACGACGAAAAGCGCCCGAAGCUCGUAUGCUUGACACGGACUUCGUCAGAUAUCUCCCGAGCUUUCCUUUAUGUCCAGAUGCUGCAGUUCGCCUCGAGCUGCAUUUCCAUUUCUGGAGCCCUGAGAUAUUCUCGCUGCGGUCAUCAUGACACGCCGAGUCCUCGCCUUCGAGUCCUGUCACGAGAAUAGAAACAUCUCCUCCCUCCGCAUUCUUCCAAAUCCUGUCAACAGAUUCUGCAACACGGUUGCGAAUUCGGCGAACGACAGGAUGGACCCCGGGGCGAUUCCAUUUCGGGAUCCUCCGCAUGUCGACCAUGCGAGAUUUGGAAUCGGCAUUUAUUGCCGGUCCUUGGGUCAAUCCGCAGUUUCGCUCCAUAAAUUCUACGUCGCAGUUCUCUGCACCAUCGGCCAGUCCCCGCCCGGCCAUCCUUUCGUCCCAUCCCGUCCCGCAUGACUACACUCGGCCGA